AACAUAGUUUUCCUUCUUCGCUUCCCUCACCGUCAGGCUCGCUUGCUGCUCACCUUUGGAUAACUCGUAACAGGAACUUUAAUAGGAUUCGGAGGAGGGGUAAAAAAAAAAAAAAAAACAAUAACAAUGACUGAACUAACAACGAUAAAGAUAUCAGAGGUGGAUUUGUAGGAGGGGAAAGCCUGACAGUUAAAGGAGGUCGAGCCUUUAAAAGCGUCGGCAUGGGGUUGAGCCGUUAAAAAAAAGAAAAAGAAAAAGAAGCGUAGCUACCCCUCCAAAGUUCACCGACUCGUCGCGGAAGACAGGAUUCCGCCCACAAGAAAGAUGGCGGCUCCCUUGCUGGAGAGACUGUCGGAUUCUUUAGGUUCGCCGGAGCCAGCGGUUCGCCUCAUUUUAUCGGUUUUAAUCGGGUAUCCCUUCGCCCUGGUGUACCGGUGGUUCCUCUUCAACCAGCCAGCGACAGUUAUCCACUUGUUCCACAUUUGUUCUGGAUUGGCGCUCGCAGCAUUUAACUUUGCAGGCUCCCAGCUCUGUCACUCUGCAAUAUGCGUCUUCGUCCAAUUUCUGAUGCUGAGGCUCAUGGGCAGGACGGUAACGGGCGUCCUGAGCAGUUUUACAUUUCAAAUGCUCUACCUCAUGGCAGGGUAUUACUAUACAGCAACAGAGGAGUAUGACAUCAAGUGGACGAUGCCUCAUUGUGUCCUCACUCUUAAACUUAUUGGCUUGGCAUUUGAUUUCUACGAUGGGGGCAAAGAACAAUCACAGCUGAGCCAGGAGCAGAAGAACGGCGCUCUGCUAUCGGUGCCCACGCUGCUCGAGGUCUUCGGGUUCUCCUACUUCUACGGAGGGUUCUUGGUAGGUCCCCAGUUUACGUUGCGCAGCUACCAGAGGCUGGUGGCCAAGGAGCUCACCGACUGCCCCGGAAAGCUUCCCAACAGUGUUAUUCCAGCCAUGAGGAGGUUUGCUGUGGGCUUUCUCUGCCUGGCAAUAUAUGCAAUAUUUAGUCCGUCUUAUCCAGACAGCUACUAUUUGACAGAUGAGUACGAGGCUCAGCCAUUCUGGUAUCGCUGUGUUUUUAUUCUGCUUUGGGGCAAAGUUAUGUUGUAUAAAUAUGUCAGCUGUUGGGUUAUAGCGGAGGGUGUUUGUAUAUUGGCUGGUCUGGGGUACAAUGGAGUCAAGGAUGGUAAACACCAAUGGGACGCCUGCGCCAACAUGAGAUUAUGGCAGUUUGAGACCACGCCCCUUUUUGGAGGAACCAUAGCGUCAUUCAACAUUAACACGAAUGCCUGGGCUGCAAGGCACGUGUUCAAGCGGUUGAAGUUCCUGGGAAAUAAGACCUUGUCUCAUGUGGCCACGCUGAUCUUUUUAACCAUUUGGCACGGUCUCCACUCUGGUUACAUCCUGUGCUUCUCCAUGGAGUUCUUCAUCAUUACUGUAGAGCGGCAGGCCCAGGCGCUAGUGAAGGACAGCCCCCAGCUGACGUACCUGGCCAACAGCCGCCUCUACCCCCUCGUCUACGUGGUUCAGCAGUUUUUACACUGGCUCUUCAUGGGGUAUCCUCUGGUGCCAUUCUGCCUUUUCACCUAUGACAAAUGGCUCAAGGUGUAUUCUUCCGUCUACUUCUGUGGUCAUGCGUUCUUCCUUGCGGCUUAUUUAAUAUUACCAUUCCUCCGUAAGACUCUGGUGCCUAAGAAAGAGCGGAGCGAGAAGAAGCAAGACUAAAACCUGGUUCUGAGCCCAGGAAAAGGUCCGUUUAAGGCUGAACAUCCUCCAUCCUGAAAGGGAACCGUGACCGUUUGAGGAGCAGAACACACAAACUAUUUUAAGGCCUUUAGUAAUAUAUAAAUAUGAAUAUAUGUUCAUGUAAAAAUAAAUUUCUAUAUAUUUUUGUGUUUUUAGGUGGGAGGGUUGGUUUUUUAUAAACAUUUCGAGAAAUGUUUACAGGAAAUUACCAUUGUGCCACACUGGGUAAUUGUGAGCCACUCAGAGGCAGUUUCCUGCUUGUUUAUCAUUAUCACUCUCUUCUUUUUUUUUUUUUUGGGGAGGGAGGGAGGGGGGGGGGGUGUUUUAAGACGUGUGGGACUCGUGGAACUGGAGAGACUUUUCAUGCUGUCGACACAGGAUUGCACUUAUGAGUCACAGGUUCUGAGUCUGUUUUUAGGCUCCUGUGUGUUUUUUUUGUUGUUUCAUCGCCCCAAUGUCUGGCAACCACAUUUUGCAGCAGCACCGAGCCUGAACAGGAGGUUUAAGCACGGUGCCACCAUUAUAGAUAUUUAUAUAGCUAACACUUCCUGAUGUCAUGAUACAACAUUCACACCUUUCUGCAGAGCGAUUUGGAACGAACGGGCUUGUUUUCUUUUGCAAAUGGCUGCUAGUGGUUAUCCAAGCACUGUAAAAUCACACACUCUACAACUAACACUCAACUCUAAAUGGCCUUGAAUCAAUGAAUGUUUUCUGCCGUUCAUUUGUUCUGGAUUUAAUUUAAUUUGUAAUGAAAGAAUGGUAUGGCUUGUUUGUAAGGUUUUAUGAAAAUGAACAUUUUGUAGUUUUUUGGAUAAGAUGCAUCGCUCACCCCGCCUUUCCUUUUUUUUUUCUGACGCGUUUCAGUCUGUUCAGUUGUCUCCUUCCUUCCUCCUCCAAAUCUGUGCCACUCCUCUGUCCAGCUACCUUGAUUCAGCUACAACCCUCACUUUUAAAUGCACAAAAUGUGAAAGUAAAUCAGUGGUGCCGGUCUCUCUGAAGUCCGCUCUGAUCAGUGUGAGCUGGGGCCGUGCGCUGUUUUUGAACUUGCCGGGUUUCGCCUCCAGCCUGCUCCCGGGUUUCUACCGGCAGAUUGUAAUUAAUCAGAGUGAAGGAUCUUUCCCCAAAAGCCUCUUUGUAAUGUGUAUAUUUUCUGGGUAAAGGGUGAAAAUGCUGCUGCCGCUGCCACCGUCCUUUCACACACUCGAGGACAAACCUCACUGUAGCAACGGCCCAGAUUUCAGUAAUAUUUAUACAGAACAUGCUGAUUAUUAAUUGAUGACUUGCUAUUUCAAGAGCGUCCAUUUUUUUUUUUUUUUUUUUUUUUUGCCUUACCCGAAGUAAAUGUACAAAACAUCAUUGAGGUGUAAGCGCUGGAAGUGAUUUGAAAUAUACUUUUGUAAUGUUCAAUAAAAUAAUACUGCAUUUCAAGCAAGA